CGGCACGUACAAGAAUAUAAAUAGUUGUAGUCUGCGACUGCCUCGGUCGUUCUCCAAGUUUCAUGUAACGGAAACUGUUGAGGGAAGGAUCAAGAAUGGACGACGACCAGCAGUGGAAAAUCCCACCGAACGUGCAGGAGCUGGCGGCGGCCGGCGCGGAGGAGCCGCCCAGCCGGUACAUGGUCCGCGACCAUGACCGCCCCAUCGCCGGCGCUGGCGGCGACGUGAAGGACACGGACCCCGUCCCCGUCGUCGACCUCGGCCGCCUGUCCUCCGGCGCCGCCGCCGAGGCGGCCAAGCUGCGGUCCGCCCUCCAGACCUGGGGACUCUUCCUGGCAAGAAAACCAGCACCACCUUCCUCCGCUUCCUCUGCUUCUUCUUGUACCGUUUUAGUUUCAUCUUCAGCUUAUCGAGUGGCCGUCGGGCAUGGGAUCGAGCCGGACCUCCUGGGCGAGAUGAUGGCGGUGACGAGGGAGUUCUUCAACCUCCCGCUGGAAGAGAAGCAGAGGUACACCAACCUGGUCGGCGGCAAGAAGGAGUACAGGAUCGAGGGCUACGGCGGCGACAUGGUCCUGUCGGAGACCCAGGUCCUGGACUGGCCCCACUCCGACGGCGGCGCGCUCACCGUCCUGCUCGCCGAAACCGCCGGGCUCCAGGUGCGCCGUGACAGCGACGGAGGCGGCGGUGAAUGGUACGACGUGCCCGUGGUGCCCGGCGCGCUGGUGGUGAAUUUGGGGGACACGGUGGAGGUGGUGAGCAACGGGGUGCUGAGGAGCCCGGUGCACAGGGUGGUGGCGAGCGGUGAGAGGGAGCGGGUGUCGGUGGCGGCGUUCUACACGGUGGACCCGGAGAGGGAGGUGGAGCCGGCUCCGGAGCUGGUGAGCGAGGAGAGGCCCAGGCGGUACGAGAAGACCAAGAAGGCCGGCGACUACGUCAGGGAGCUGCUGGAGAGCUUGGCGCGAGGGGAGAGGGCCAUCGACAGGGUGAAGCUCGUCUGA